AUGGAGUCUAAAAAAAACUCUUAUUAUAAAAACGUGAUGGAUAAAAUAUAUGCUAAAGAAAAGGAUGUGCUUUCUAUAAACAAAGAUUUUCAAGAGAAUAACUUGACAAGAAUAUCUCUUAUAUUGAAUUAUAAAGAUUUUUACCUUAAAUUUGAUGAGAGCCUCCAUGGUUAUUCAUUUGGAUAUGUAACUAACCUUUUUGGUUUAAAACUCUACUCGCCAUUUACUGAAACUGUCCGCUUUGAUGAUACUGAAAAAUAUAUGAAGACAAUUCUUGGUGUUCCCAGUAAUGAGGCUCUCCCACAACUUUGUAGCGAUCAACAUCAAAAUUUUGAAGAAAAAGAUCCACAAAUAGAAAUACUACCAUCUCCACAACAACAACAACAACAACAACAACAACAACAACAACAACAACAACAACAACAACAACAACAACAACAACAACAACAACAACAACAACAACAACAACAACAACAACAACUUACACCACCUCCAUCACCUCCAUUACUUCCAAUACCUCAACCACCAGCACAAAAUGAAGAACAACAACUUACACAACCUCCAUCAAUUCCACCACCUCAACAAAAACAAAUAAAAAUACAAAAAUCUGAUAGAGGUACUCAAGUUAAGUCAAUAACUAAUCCUGUAAAUAGUUUAUCAAAAUAUAUUAAUAAUAGUUCUUUGGAUUAUUCGAUAAAAAAAAACUAUACCUUGGAGGAAAUUUACGAAAAUAACAAAAACUAUAUGGAUAAAACCAAUAAUUUUUUACACUUUUUAUUUACAUUUAUUGAUAAAACUACAAUCAAAGACUUGGAACAUUUUGAAAAGGAAAUAAGUAGAGUUCAUAAUAUCGAAAAAUUAAUCAACGAACAAAAUGUUAAAGGUGAAACUCCACUUCACUCAUUAAUUCUUUAUAAUUCAGAAAGCUGUUUGAAGAAACUUGUAAUCGCUAAAAUUAAUUGUAUGGGUAUUUUCGAUUAUUCAAAAUGUGACAAUUUGAAUAAAAAUCUCCUAACCCAUGCAAUUGAAAAGGGAGAUUUUGAAAUUAUUAAAUUGGUUUUAAUUGGUGGUUGUCCUUUAAAAAUGUCACCAAGAUCGAAAUUAUUUAAACAAAACUUCAAACUAUAUAGACAACAAAUUUAUAGAGUAUUUGAAAUUAAAGAAUUUUUAACAGAACUUGGUUUUAAUCAAUUCAUUCCAAUGUUUCUUGAAUAUGAAUUCAAAAACAUUAAUAUAUACUAUCAAAUUAAAUCAUUUAUAAUGGUGUUAACUUUAAAUGCUGAUGAAAUCUUACGAUGGAAAUCAUUACUUGAACCUAACAAAAACUUGGACUUGGACUCCUUUUGUAUUGAAUAUCAAAUAAAAGAUCAAAAUGGUUCUGAAUCUCAAUUAAUGGCUGAUCAUUUCAAAAAGGUAUGCCAACUCAAUUCACUUUUUGGCUACAUUGAUUUUCACACACAAAUUGGAUCUGCAGGUAAUGCAUCAGUUUUCGAAGGUACAUAUAAAGGCAUGCCUAUUGCAUGCAAAGAAAUGCCAGUAAGUGGUACAUAUGAACAAAGAGUGGACUCGAUCAAAGAAAUUGCUGCAGUGGGUCAAAUAGAAGAUUUAGGUGGUUGUACUGUUGUUAAAACUGUAGGUGUCUUGAAAUAUAAUGAAAAGUUAUUUUUGGUAAUGGUGAAAGAAAAAUGUAACCUAUUAUCAUUUUUAAGCAACAAGUCUGAAAUUUUAAAAAUGCAAAGAGGGGGCAUUUGGACCUCAAUUUUUAAAAUAUCAAAGGAAAUCCUCAAAGGAUUGAUUUCAUUAAGAGAAGUCGGCAUGUACCACAGAGACUUUAAGACUGCCAAUUUUUUAGUGUCUAAUACUGGUAAAAUCCUUAUUAGUGACUUCGGCACUAGUCGAGAUGAAAACGAAAAGCGUUUCAACACAUUUGCCAAGACCAUUGGUACAUUGUGGUACAGAUGUCCAAGAUUGGGCGAUUGUAGUGGAGAUGAAAAAACUUUAAACCAUUAUAAUGAAAAGAGUGAAAUUUACUCACUAGGAAUAAUUUUAUGGGAGUUGAUUUGUAUUGCAAUGACAGGAACCUACGUUUCACCAAAGAUAGCAUUAUUUCAAAAUGAAGUUGAUUUUUCAAUUUGGAUUCACAAGGAUUACAGAUUUUCAUUUCCAAUUGGAACACCACAAUCAUUAGUAAAAUUAAUUACAAGUAUGUGUUUACCAUGUAGAGACAGAAGACCAACGGUACACCAAAUACUUGAUGAAGUUGGAAUUAUUGAAACAGAAUUUCUUUCAAAUAGAGGUAUUAAAGGUGAACAAACUUAUAGUGGUCUUGAAUGUUGGAGAGAAUUUAACUUUUCAAAGCAAAAUGUAUUUGGAAUUUCAAUUUCAAAUUUACACGAUACAGAAUAUAAAGCAGUUAAUAAAUAUAAUUAUACAAGUUACAAUAAUAAAAACUCAUUAUUAAUGAAACGAUAUUUGGAUAAUUCCAACUUUGUGGUAGAAUUAAUCAAUCCAAAUGGUAUAUUUAAGUUCAAGUCUUUUUUCGAAAAAGAGAAACUUUUAUAUUUAAAAUUAAAAUCAACAUAUAAAGGUGAAUAUUAUUUUGAUAUGGGUAAAUUCUUAACAACAAUCAUUCAAAUACAUCAAAUAACUGAAAUAUAUUAUAAAAUGUUACAAAAAUAUAGAGAGCUUGGUUUGUUAAGAAAUAAUAAUAAUAAUAUUAAUAAUAAUAAUAAUAAUAACAAUAAUUGCAAUAAUAGUAAAAAAUUUAAAACAACAUCAGAAUCAACAUCUGCAUUAGGAUCAGAUGCAUCAUCAUCAUCGUCACCAUCGUCAUCAUCACCAUCACCAAAAUAUUCGGCAUCAAUCUAUCAUCACCAAUGA